AAUCAGGUUCCAGGCGCAGCCAGGGAGGGGGGAGGAGAUGGGAGGAGAGGCCGGGGGCGAUGGAGACAGAGCUACAUCAACAGAAGUUUCUCACCUUGGAAUGCAACGGACGCUCCCGCAUCUCCUGCACAUCUCCAACUUGGCGCCGGAGGAGGGCCCCAGGCUACUUUCUCAACUUCCUUACGUUGCUCCCCGCUCGCGAGGGGAAAGCUGCUGAGAACACCUACUACAGCUGGCCUUCUUUUUACGUUGUCUGCAGGGACAAGGGAGGCGAGGGACAACUUGGUGCGAGGGAACUGACCUCUGGCCUGGUGGGCGUCUGGGUGGGGAGGGUCGAAGAGGAGUGGCUGGGGCUGGGGGACUCCAUGCGGGGGCCAUGGACAGAGCAGCGCUCCUGGGACUGUCCCGCCUGUGCGCGCUGUGGGCAGCCGUGCUCGCGCUGUUCCCCUGCGGAGCCCAAGGAAACUGGAUGUGGUUGGGCAUCGCCUCCUUUGGGGUUCCGGAGAAGCUGGGCUGUGCCAACUUGCCUCUGAACAGCCGCCAGAAGGAGCUGUGCAAGAGGAAACCGUACCUGCUGCCGAGCAUCCGCGAGGGCGCCCGGCUGGGCAUUCAGGAGUGCAGAAGCCAGUUCAGGCACGAGAGAUGGAACUGCCUGGUGGCCGCCUCCUCCCCGCCGGGCACCAGCCCUCUCUUUGGCUACGAGCUGAGCAGCGGCACCAAGGAAACAGCAUUUAUUUAUGCUGUGAUGGCUGCAGGCCUGGUGCAUUCUGUGACCAGGUCAUGCAGCGCAGGCAACAUGACCGAGUGUUCCUGUGACACCACCUUGCAGAACGGCGGCUCAGCGAGUGAAGGCUGGCAUUGGGGGGGAUGCUCCGAUGAUGUCCAGUAUGGCAUGUGGUUCAGCAGAAAGUUCCUAGAUUUCCCCAUCAGAAACACCACGGCAAAGGAAAGCAAAGUACUGUUAGCAAUGAACCUACAUAACAAUGAAGCUGGAAGGCAGGCUGUCGCCAAGUUGAUGUCCUUAGACUGCCGUUGUCACGGAGUUUCUGGCUCCUGCGCUGUGAAAACAUGCUGGAAAACAAUGUCUUCUUUUGAAAAGAUUGGCCAUCUGUUGAAGGAUAAAUAUGAAAACAGUGUGCAAAUCUCAGACAAAAUAAAGAGGAAAAUGCACAGGAGAGAAAAAGAUCAGAGGAAAAUACCAAUCCGCAAGGAUGAUCUGCUCUACGUCAAUAAGUCUCCCAAUUACUGUGUUGAGGAUAAGAAACUCGGGAUCCCAGGGACUCAAGGCAGAGAGUGCAACCGCACGUCGGAAGGCGCAGAUGGCUGCAACCUCCUCUGCUGUGGCCGAGGCUACAACACCCAUGUGGUCAGGCACGUGGAGAGAUGUGAAUGCAAAUUUAUCUGGUGCUGUUAUGUCCGCUGCAGGAGGUGUGAAAGCAUGACUGAUGUCCACACUUGCAAGUAACCACUCCAACCAGCCUUGGGCAAGAGUCCUCAGUGACAGAAGUAUAAUGGGAAUACCACCCAGAGGGUGCCUCCCGCUGUGCAGAGCUGGGGAAGUUGGCUCCUGCCUCCUCCUCAGAAUUCCCAGAUCCUCCAGCCCCUCACAGAGGUCCUCUUAUCUCAUGUCUAAUCACACACCAAGCAUGUGGAUUUCUUGGGAUUCUGAAUGGAAAAAGUUUGGGUUCACAUUUUGGUGGUUUAGGGAGUAUAAAUUGAAAUACAAGGAAGACCAUCCAUCUCAUAAGGAAGAAUGGAGAAUAGUUUUCAUGCCAAGAGACCUGGUCCAUACUCAGGAUAAGGUCCUGGACUAUGGAACUCAGUAGUGGUGGGUGAAUAUUAGUCAGUUUUUAAAACACCGAUUGUAGCAACAAGGAACAGUAAACACGAAUCUCAUUUAUUCUUUCAGUAGCUUUUUAUGAAGAAAUAAUACUAUUUGUGCAUAGAAACAGAAGAUGGUGACAGGUUAACAGAGUUGGUAGAUGCCUAUGUAAACUUUCAUUCAUUUCGGAAGAAAGAAUCUUCCUAAUGGAUACAACAUCAUUUAAACCAUGUUUAUUAGAGUUAUUUAGUGACAAAACAAAAGAAGCAAAAUGUAUGAUUUGGAUUUUAAAUGACUUUUAACCCAGAGAAUUUAUCAAGAAAAACAUCAGGAAGGUAUAUAGCAACCUUUACCUUUCACUUUACACUCUUAUUAUCGAUUAGUUUCUAUUUCUAAAAUCUCAGCCUUGAAUUAUUGGUGGAAGAAGGGAUUCUGAAAGCAUAUGGGACAAUCAGAGGUAAAAAUAUAAAGGGCUCUCAUGCAUUGUAAGGAAAAGCAUACUUUAAAUAUGUAAAGACAGUAUUUUUUACAAUACUUUGCUGGAUUUUUUUCUAUUUUGUAAAUACUGUAUUUAAUUAUAUGAUAUAUAUUGAACCUUAAGAUAUUUUUUGCCAAAGCCCAAGAGCUAAGGCAAUAAAAUUAUCUCAGAAAUAAUAUUAGCUUCGGUUUCCUUUCAUACUAUUGACUCUGACAUUUUUUAUACAUUGCAGAAGAAGUUCAUUGAGCAGUUAGUUAUAUGGAUGUGUAUUUCCUGCCAAAAUGGCAGUUUUAUAUGUUAUAAAUUAAAAUAUGCUGCAAUAUAUUGAUAAUUGUGCUAUUUCAGCAGUCAGAUUAAGUUGAAUUCUGUUUUUAAUUAGUUGUGUUUAACUUGUAAGGUUAUCAUAAUAAAUUAUACAGUAAAA